AUGCCGCUUGACCUCACCACGACCAACUACUCGUUCCUCGGCGUGCCUGCCUCGCUGGUCCUAGCCGCUCUCCCGCACUGGUACACGAUCGUGCUGGCCGAGCUCAACAAGGUGCAGGGCGGUUGGAGCAACGUCAACCCGCGGUCCUGGGUCAUCCAGCUGAGCACCAAGGCCGCCACGGGCAAGAAGCUCACGCCGCUCGAGCAGACCAUCCUGCGCGGCCAGGCGGCCCAGGCCAACUCGUUUGAGAAUGCCUACCUCUUUGCCGCCACCAUCGCGGCGGGCAACUACGCCAAGCUGCCCGCCUCGGAGCUGAACCGGUUCGUGGCCGUGUGGCUCGUGACGCGCGCCAUCUACGCGCUCCUCUACGUCAAGACGCAGUCGUACGCCAAGUCGUUUGUGCGCACCCUCGUCUUCCAGGUCGGCAUCAUCUACAUUUUCCGCAUCUGGUUCCUCGCCCACAAGGCCGUCAACUUCUAG